AUGCCGCUGGUUGACAUACAAUUGCUUUUCUGCCAGGACCCUCAACUGCGUCACAACCAGAGUAAAGUGAUGGAAAGUUCGAAGGAGCAUGCUGAUGAGAAGGCAUGGUCAGGACAGACCUUUGGCGGAAGGCAGAGACCUAAACAAGCAGAUGAAAUCACCGAUGCUCCGAGUCCUCAGCAGUCCAUGAAUCAGAGAACCGGAGGGCGGCCCCGCGCCAGCCCUGUGCCCGAGGACCACGCCGAGGCGGUGGGCGCCGAGCAGGGUGGUGAUCCCACGGAAGCGGCUGCUAAACCAAAGAGGAGCUUCUAUGCUGCGAGGGAUUUGUACAAAUACCGACAUCAGUACCCAAACUUCAAAGAUAUUCGGUAUCAAAAUGACUUGAGCAACCUUCGCUUUUAUAAGAAUAAAAUUCCAUUUAAGCCAGACGGGGUUUACAUUGAAGAGGUCCUGAGCAAAUGGAAGGGUGACUAUGAAAAGCUGGAACACAACCACACCUACAUCCAAUGGCUUUUUCCCCUGCGAGAACAAGGCUUGAACUUUUAUGCCAAAGAAUUAACUACAUAUGAAAUUGAGGAAUUCAAAAAAACAAAGGAAGCAAUCAGAAGAUUCUUCUUGGCUUAUAAAAUGAUGCUAGAAUUUUUUGGGAUAAAGCUGAUUGAUAAAACUGGAAAUGUUGCUCGGGCUGCAAAUUGGCAAGAAAGAUUUCAGCAUCUGAAUGAGUCCCAGCACAACUAUUUAAGGAUUACACGGAUUCUGAAAAGCCUUGGUGAGCUUGGGUACGAGAGUUUUAAAUCUCCCCUCGUAAAAUUCAUUCUCCACGAGGCUCUGGUGGAGAAUACUCUUCCCAACAUCAGGCAGAGCGCUCUGGAGUAUUUCGUGUAUACCAUUAGAGACAGGAGAGAGAGGAGGAAGCUCCUGCGCUUUGCCCAGAAACAUUACACGCCGUCGGAGAAUUUCAUCUGGGGGCCGCCUAAGAAAGAACAGCCGGAGCGAGGCAAAGCCCACAAGAUGCCUGCUCUGCCCACUUCAGGUUCAAAUAGUCAAACGUCUAUGCACAAGAAAUCCAAGGACUCCAAAAAUUCCUCAGUAGCUGUUCACACAAAUAGCAAAGCGGUGGAAGAAAAAAAGGGGGCCUCUAGAGAGGCUGUGGAGGAGACAGAGGAGCCGAGCCUGGAGCCCCGCAGUGAAGAUAGCAUGCCGGGAAACAUAGAGGCAGACAGUGCUGCUGAAGAAUCAAAUCCUCCACCCGAGGACACAGUUACUGAGACCGCAGGGAAAGGGGAGUGUCCAACUUCUUCUGAAAAGGUCGAAGAGGGGGAAAACCAGAGCAAAGACUCGGAAAAUCCAGAAAACACCAGUUGCCACGAUGAGGUAGUGUCACUGAAUGCCAGAAACUCACAAACCGCUUCCGGUUAAGGGUGUAAAACACUCCUGUCUAAUUUACCCUGAGGAACAGAGAUGAGGUCACGUUUAAAAUGUUAGCCAUCUGUGAAUUUUGUUGUAAACCCUUUGUUCCUUUUUUUUUUUUUUACUUUAUUUUGGAUCACAAUGAAAUUAGAUAUUUAAUAAGUUUUUGAGACCAGAUCCAAUAAAAGAAUAUAUUUAGGAUGUGUUUUUCCAAAUUCUGUAUAUAACAGUUAGUUUUAAAAUCUUAUCAAGUCAUCUAGAACUAACCCAGUAGCAUUUGGUCUUCAGCCUGUUCCCUUGGGAGAUUCAUGUAGAAAUCAGGACCCUCUCGUGAUGUGGUCUCGCCGGACUUUUAAAUUCAUUUUGAAACUGGAAGAAUGAGUUAGGUCUUCUCGAAUGUAUCCAGAACGUCAUCUGGAUUCUUUGAUUGCAGCUCCCUGGUGUUCUUAGCUUUGGGUUCUGCAGUGGCUGUCCGUCCCACGUGUCUGCGAGCCUGCCUCUGCUCCGUCUUCGUCAGCGUCCACAGGGGUCCUCCAGCACACGUUAGGACCCUCUCCUACACCCAUGUCCAGCUGGGGAGAGGGAAAUUUUUAAUAGUCAGAUUUCAAGGUUUUUUUUAAUGUUUAGAGUAAUAAAAAUAUUUUCAGUAUUAAGUGUUUAGAAAGGACGUUUGUGUGUGUGUGUGUGUGUGUGUGUGUGUGUGUGUGUGUGUCUGUGUGUGAAAAUAUAGAACAAAAAUAGACUUUGUUUGUGGCUGUUAUAUAUAAAACUGGUAGUUGAUUAGGACUACAAGUCACUGAGGAGUGUUUUAAAAAAGAAUCACAAAAAUGUUUUCUCAAGAUGUCUCCUCAUACUGUCAACAAGCAUUUUUGCCCUUUGAGCCAUUCGUGCAUUAAUGCCAUGAGCCUUGUGGGGUUGCCUGUGUCACUGGUCCAUAGCAUCUGUAUGUAUGAUGUGCGUAGCAUUGUGGGAUUGCCCAUGUCACUAGACCACUUUGGGCCACUCGUACUGAUGCUGUGAGCAUUGUGGGGUUGCCAAUGUCACUCGUCCACAGUGUCUGUGUGUGUGUGUGUGUGUGUGUGUGCUGUGUGUAGCAUUGUGGGGUACUGAUGUCACUCGUCCACAGUGACUGUGUGUGUGUGUGUAUGUUCAUCUGUAGUUUGUCAUUUUGGAACUGAGAACAGUUUGCAGUUCCGUACACUCACUUUUAGUAAGAACUAGUACAUUACAACGCAUUGGCUAACAGUCUUGUUUUGUACAGUUGUUGCUAAUCACUACAGAUCCGAAGACAAUCGGAAACACUGUGAUGGGAACUCCAAAACAUUCAUACAAACACAAACAAAGCAGUGAACAGAGAAUAUUUUUACUGUUUUUUAUUUAGCAAGGAAUUGACUUUAUAAAAUCUCUCUUCGGCUUUUAAGAAAAGUCCUAUAGGCUUUCCCCGCCACCCUCCUACCCCAAGGAAUUUUUACUGUUUCCUCUUUCAUACCAUAUCAUGUAAUCAUCUUGUUGGUUUUUUCCACCCACAGUUUUAGUGGUGAUUCCCACAAAAUACUCCCACCAAUCUCGUGCUUUCCGAAAUAAGAUUUUAUUGUUUUUUUAACUUACACAACACAGCCCAGUUGCUUAUCCAGGAGUGUGUGUGUGUGUGUGUGUGUGUGUGUGUGUGUGUGUGUGUAUGUGCGGACGUGCGUGCAUGCAUCAUGGUGGCACUGGUGUUGUGCAUCCAUCCCAAUGAGUAAGAUAUGAAACACUUCAGCAUUUAGUUACUGCAAUUCUACAGCUUUACCUUGUUCAGUUUACACAGGGUUCAGGGAGGAAAGAGGACUACUAAAUUGGGCCAAAGUGUCGGGCUAUGAUCAGUUUAAUUCAAAAUAUCUUAAUUUUGAACACACAAUGAAGCAUUCAAACCACUUUAAGUGUAUUUAGUAUAAAAACCGUUGGAUCAGGGGGACUAGAGAGAUGGCUCAGUGGUUAAGAGCACUUGCUGCUCUUCCAGGGUUCAGUUCCCAGCACCUAUACUGGGUGGUUCACAACUACCUCUAGUACCAAGGGAUCUGAGUCCUUGUUCUGGCUUUCCGGGGAACUCCAUACAUGCAGUGCCCAUACGUACUGCCCAUACACACAUACACCUAAAUGAGUUUUUUUUAAAAAAAAGAAAUAAACAUGGGCUAGAUACUAAAAAUAUUUUUUUAAAUACAAAGUACCAGGAACUAAAAUUAAUACAAUCUGAAUCACAUAGAAAUUAUGGUAUACCAGAACCCUUAGAAAUCAAAACAUUUAACAAUUUAAAGUUUAGACUAUUAUUUCUUAUUAAUGAUUAUGUCAGCUUGUGCUAUUUAAUUUGAAAAUAUUGAGUCUCAAGAGGAGAACUCCCUGGCUUCCAUCUAAAAUAGUGGCCUUUUCUCAUGAUGGUUAUUUAAACUGCAUAUUCAUAAAGUGGCAAUGUUUUCUACAUUUAAUCUGUAAAUAACAGAGAGAAUAGCCCAGUGAAGAACAAGUUAUAGGAAGUCGUUCCUUUUGCUGAUAAAAAUCGAACGUCUCAAAUUUUUUCUAUUAAAAGCACUUUGUACAUUUAAUAGUUUUUUAAGAUAAGAUCUAUAGGUGAUGUAUUGAUGUGUGUGUUAGAUAUCAAACUGCCCUCUGAAUUUGACUUCUAUGUUUUGUGUUUUUCAAACUAUCAUAUGCUUACAGAAAUUUACUAAAAAGCUGUUCCAGAAAAUGCUAUGUAGCAUGGCCAAGUAGCUAGACGCAUUGCUGAGCUUCCACGGGUGUUCUCGUACGGGCUUUGUUGUACCAUGGGCUGUAAGGACUCUAAGUGUGGCUACUGAUAAUACAGCAAAUAGACGUCGUAUUGCUUGAUUAGCCUUGUGCAUUUCUAAUAUUUUUUGCUUAUAUUUCAGAGGAGAAAAUAUAUGUGAAGCUAUUUUGAGAUACUGUAAAGUGAUAAAUAGUUAUAUAUUUCUGUAUGGUGGAGAUGUUUCUGACAUUAAAGAUUAUUGUAUCGUU